AUGGAAGACUCGAAAGCUUUCUGUGAGUUCCUCAGCAACCGAAAACCUCCGAGAUCGCUGUCGGAGAGCACCCCCGAUGACGCCGUUGAAUUUCUCCUUAGCCUGCCGUCCGACAGAAUCAACAAGGUCGUCGGCAGUCUCAGCGCAGUUACAUUCAAAGACGUGGACGGAAACCAUAAGGAAAAUCCAUUUGGCAGCCAAAUGGUAAGGACGUUUUUGGAGAAAGAACAGAAAGAAUCUGGCAAGAAGAAGCUUCAUGAAGGAUACGAGUCUGAAACAGCACCGGCCACAUCCUCUGUCCAGGGUUUCUCUACUCUCGGACCGAGGGAUAAUGUUCUUCCGGAUCAAACAUCCUCCGAGAUGCUAGAAUUGAGAGAGAAACUCAAGGAAGACGAAACUCCUCUCCAGCUUAGAUUGCCUGAGCAUAGCAAUACGGGUUCUGAUCCUAUAUUAGUCGUUUUUUGUGGUGACAACCAGGAAUCAGAGGAGACAUCCUUCAUCAGCUACAUCUUCAACGAGUUGUGUCUCCGUGGCUUCGCCCCUUUGAGAUAUGAUCUAGCAAGGAGCAUAGUUACUAGGGAUCCGGAGAUACUAUACAAAUCACGGGUUGGUAUUAUGAUUAUCUCGAUGAACUAUGCUUGUUCCAGAGAGUGCCUGGAUGGAAAUGUGGCAAUCAUGGACCAUUUGAAAGCAAAUGACCUUGUGCUUAUUCCUGUGCUUUUUAAAGUAAGUGUUUCAGAUGUUAUGAAUCAAAGCGACUUGCUUGGAAGAGCAUUUUUGCAACUUGGGGAAUCACCCCAACUUCUGAAAUGGAGGGAGGCUAUGAUCAAAUUAACUUCCUUAAAUGGAUAUCAGUAUAUGAAGGGGCAUGAGGUUAUGCUUGCCAAGAAUAUCGUUACAUAUAUCUGCUUGCUGCUCAAUUUUGAAACUAACGGAAUCAAGCUUGCAUUAGAGAGUAUCUUACCACUGCUAGAUUGUUCUCAGCCUUCAGCCCCAAUUAUAGUUGGGCUUUGGGGUAUGGCUGGCAUAGGAAAGACUACCAUCACAAGAGAGAUUUUCAGAACACAAGCUGAGAGAUAUGACGUGUGCUACUUUCUGCCAGAUUUUCAUCUAAUGUGUCAAACAAAAGGGCUGAGUCAUUUGCGUGAUGAAUUCUUCUCGAAAAUCUUUGGGGAAGAAAAAGUUUUCAUAGACGCAUGUGAUACAAAACUAAGUUUCUUAAGGGAUAGGUUCCUUGGUAAAAAGAUUCUCAUUGUUCUUGAUGGUGUGAGUAAUGCUAGAGAUGCAGAAAUUUUUGUUGGAGGGUUUGGCUGGUUUUCUGGUGGACAUAAAAUCAUCUUAACAUCUAGGAAUAGGCAAGUUCUUGUACAGUGUAAAGCCAAAGAGAUUUACAAGAUCCCAAAAUUAUCCGAGUCUGGUUCUUUUCGCCUUUGGUUUGAUAAUGACACUGAGCAAAAUUGGAAGGGAAAGAUGUCAUUCAUAUCGGAGUUAGUGAACUACGCCAGUGGCAAUCCAUUGGCUCUCCGAGUCUUAGUUUCGUCUAUACAAAAGCAAUGUAUAUACGAUGAGACGCAACAUCUGAAAAGAUUGCGUCAACAUCCUCUGAUCGAGAUUCAGGAUGCAUUUAGAAGAAGUUUUAAUGUAGUAGAUGACAACGAGAAGAACACAUUUUUGGACCUCGCAUGUUUUUUCAGAGGGGAAAAUAAAGAUCGUGUGGUGAACAUCCUUGAUGGUUGCGGUUUUCUUACAGAUUUAGGAAUCUGUGGUCUCAUUGACGAGUCUCUCAUCAGCCUAGUAGAUAACAUGAUAGAAAUGCCCAACAUUUUCCAAGACACAGGUCGAUUUAUUGUUUGCCAAGAAAACAAUGAGGCAGGCAAGCGUAGCAGAUUGUGGGAUUCUGAUGACAUUGCUGAUGUACUGACAAACAAAACAGGAACAGAAGCAAUUGAAGGCAUAUUUUUCGAUACGUCUCGCUUGACACUUGAGUUGAGUUCUACUGUAUUUGAGAAAGUGUAUAGACUUAGAUUGCUUAAGUUCCACUGUCAGAGUUUUACAAGCAGGGUUUGUCUACCUCAGGGCCUCCACUCGUUGCCUGAUGAGCUACGGCUACUCCACUGGGAAAGAUAUCCUCUCGGAUCCUUACCUCGGAACUUCAAUCCUAAAAAUCUCGUAGAACUGAACAUGCCCUAUAGUAACAUGACAAAACUAUGGAAAGGAACAAAGAAUCUUGAGAAUCUAAAGAGGAUUAUUCUGAGUCAUUCUCGACAGUUGACGGAAUUUCCAAGGCUUUCAAAGGCCAGGGACCUUGAGCAUAUUGAUCUAGAAGGAUGUACGAGUCUGGUUAAAGUGAACUCAUCUAUUCUUCAUCAUCACAAGCUUAUUUUCUUGAGUCUGAAAGAUUGUUCUCAUUUGCGAAUUAUGCCUACCACGGUUCAUCUAGAAUCUCUUGAAGUUCUUAAUCUAUCUGGCUGCUCAGAGCUCGAGGACCUACAAGAUUUCUCUCCUAACCUGAAAGAGCUAUAUCUAGCUGGGACUGCCAUUAAAGAAAUUCCAUUGUCAAUCAGGGAUCUCACUAAACUUGUGACAUUCGAUCUAGAGAAUUGUAGUAGACUUCAGCACCUGCCACCGGAGAUAAGCAGCCUAAAAGCUGUGGUCACCACUAGGCCAAAACGUCCUGCUUCUUCCAUUAAUCUAUCUAGCGUGGAGGAUAUGGCACCACCAUGUAAGAGAUACCGAUUGAAGAGAGUUAUUGAAUAUGUUAUUCUGGGCUUACGAAAAAGGAAGCAAAAAAUGAGUGUCUCUAGCCACAAACCAGGUUCAGCUUUUACCUUAGUAAACGAUCCCGCUUACAAGUCUUUCCGUGACUUACUAGAAAGCUCCAGCCAACCCGAGUGCCAAUCUUACAUGAAGACAGGAUACUGCAAAUUCGGUAAUGAUUGUAUAUAUCUUCAUCCGAGAAACAGAGAAACCCAUCUCCCUGAGAGCAGAUCUUCCAUGGCUUCGGAGACACCACAUUCGAAUCGUCUAAGAGUUUUGCCCUCAUUUGGGACUUCGUCAUUUGUGUCUGACAUAACACAAGCAACCGUUGGUAGAGACACCAUUAAUCCAAAGCCACAGGUUUUAUUGGAUGAUGAAAUUGACUCAGCUUCUUCUGCAUACAUGUCGGAUGAUGAAAUUGACUCAGAUUCUUCUUCAGAGAAUUACGCGACUUCCUCCUGGUGCUUAGAGGAACUCGCGAAGAUCAUGGAGUCCAAGAAGACCUACGAUCAGGUUUUCCGACAUGGAUCUUCUUCUUUCGACAUGUACAAUUCAUCAUCCGAGAGACAGAGAAACCUAUCUCAUCAUAAAACUGUCCGUACUUUGACGCUCACUCAAUUCUUUCAACAGGGAAAACGUCUAUGUGCCUUCUAUUCUCACACUGGAAACUGCAGCUCUGGUCAUACUUUUAUAUUUGAUCAUCCGUCAUUGGUGUCAACACACAAGAACACAUUUUCCAUGGCUUCCGAGACACCUCACAUGAAUCUGCUAGGAAUUUUUCUCACACUUCCAUCAAGUGAGCUUGUGGAAGCAUCAACUGAAAAUCCCAGAAUACACAAGAACACAUCGUCCAUUACUUCCAAAAUAGCGCUCUCGAAUCUGCUAGGACUUUCUUUUGCUCUUGGAGCUUCACCAAGUGAGCUUGUGGAAGCAUCAACUGUUAACCCUCAAGUUGGUUUCAUAAACUAA